AUGGCAUCUCGAAUCUUCAACGUUGGCGUUAUCGGCUACGGCCUUAGUGCCAAGAUCUAUCAAAUUCCAUUCAUCAAAGCUGCAAAGAACCUCAAUUUGUAUGCCGUUGUUCAGAGAACACCAAAGUUAAAUGACGACGCAGAGAAAGACUGGCCAGGCAUCAAGGGAUACCGAAGCACAGAGCUCAUGGUCUCGGACCCUGCGGUCGACGUCGUAGUUGUGACUACGGCGCCGGACUCUCAUCUCGAAUUGGCAAAAUUGGCUCUAAAUGCGGGAAAUCACGUUGUUGUCGAAAAACCGUUCACGCCGACAUACGAAGAAGCCCGAGAGCUCGUUGAACUUGCAAAAAAGCAAAAUCGCCUUCUCACGGUAUACCAGAGCCGCCGUUGGGACGCCGAUUUUCUAACCCUAUCCCAAGUCCUCGACAACAAAUCUCUAGGAAGAAUCGUGGAAUAUGAGACCCGCUUCGAGCGCCACGUACCAGGGGUUCCAGGCUCAGCAUGGAGAACUAAGGAGAUGCCAGGUGGAGGCGCGAUAUAUGAUUUGGGUGCUCAUCUCAUUGACCAAACCGUCCAGCUAUUCGGUCUGCCGAAGCGCAUCACUGCAUUUUUGGCUAAUCAGCGAGAAGGAGCGAGCGGGAGUGACGAUUCAUUCACUGUGUUGAUGCACUAUGAUGGAUUCCUUGCUACGGCUAAAGCUGCUGUAGUCAGUCCACAGGAGAAGCAGUUGCGAUUCUGGGUCAAGGGCACGAAGGGGACUUAUAUGAAGCACCACUUUGAUGUGCAAGAGGAGCAGCUUAAGGCUGGCAUGAGGCCUGGAGAUGAUGGAUAUGGGGUAGAGCCUUCGGAGCGGUUUGGUACUCUGACAUCUGUUCAACCCGAUGGUACACUCAAGAGUGAAGCUGUACCCACUGUCGACGCACCGCUAUAUACCGACUUUUAUAACAAGCUUGCAAGCGCGUUGUCCGGUGAGGGCGAUAUACCCGUGGACCCAGCGGAAUCUGCUGUCGUUAUUCGACUUAUAGAGCUUGCUAUCCAGAGCUCACAGACCGGGAAAACGUUGGAUAUUGACGUUUGA